AAUUUUCAGCUGUCGAAUCGCGAACUAUUUCGUCUAGUGCAAGCAUCCACAAAGGUUGAGUGCGUUUGUUAGAAAACGAUCUGAAAAUCGGCGGAAAAUGAAGGUCCUGAACAAUCUACUCCUGAAGCGGACAUCCACUUACGUCGUGGGAAUCGCGGCCAGCGUUUUCUUCUUCGAGCGGGCCUUCGAUUUGGGCACCGAUGCCUUUUUCAGAUCGUACAACAAGGGGAAAUUGUGGGACGAUAUCAAGGAUAAAUACGAACAGUAAAAAGGGCGUUCGCUUGGAGUGGAAACUAUUCGUUUAAUAUGACUAAUAAAAUCUAGGAAACCACAUAGAA